AUGACGUCCUUAAACCAUGCCGAUGUGAGUCGAAGUUGUAAAGGGACAACAGCAGUUGCUGCCGAGAAUGGAUCUCUGUUUUUUUGUCUCUCUCUAUUUCCUCGUCUUCCUGCUGUUGCCCUUUUAUUCUGGAAUUUACAAUGUGAAGAACUUGUCAUUUAUAACUGUGCUUUUGCAGUUUCCUCCACUGGAAAUCGAUGUCUUCUAGAGAAAUACGCCGGAGAAGAUGGAACGAUCGAUCUUAAAUGCCAAACUUCGAAAAUCAUGGCAGACACAGACACCAAGCCGUGGAUAGAAUCUGAGGAAUGUAUUAAUUCUUGCGGAUUGCACAAGAUAACGGUGGGUCUGUCUACCGAUGCUCUAGAUGACAAGAAGACUCUCAAGAAAAUCUGUUCCUCUUUCUGUCAACGAUCUUGCACCAAUAUCUUCCAUCUCUUCACAAACCUUGCAGCUGAAGAAGGAACUGAUCUGCAGCGUCUUUGCAAGUCAAAAAGUUGGUUUACCAGAAAAGUAGUUGCAGAAGUACCUGCGGCAACUCCUCACAGCCCAAUUGAGAACUCAUUGCCACCAGAUACAGAGAAAUAG